GACGAAAUUUCAAAAUUAAAUUUGUACACAAAUCUGUCACAAUUCGGACCAACUUUAGCCUCAGAUUAACAGAUAUUUAGAUCUCUUUGGAACACUAAAAGUCAUUCACUUGGGGUUUUUGAAUAUGCUGAUUCAGAGCAAUGAGCGAGUUCUGAACAGACUUUUCCAUGUUAAGAAAUACAUUCACAAGCUUUCGAGAGAAAGGAGGGGCCUUGCCAAAAAGCUGACAGAGCUUGGAGAUGAAUUCAAGAAGAGUGACCUGACAGUCCCUCUUGAGGACGAGCUGCCUGGUGCAAUGAUAGGGGCAGCGGAAAGCCCAUCGUCUAGUGGGCCAGCUAUGGCAGAGAAUGCUGCAGUCUUCAGCCCAUUCAGUCAAGGAGGACCUACCAAAGGUGAGGAGACACUCUCCCUGAAGGACACACCUCAGACACCUGCAGUUCAAGGCAAGCCAGGCAGAAAGAAGCGAUCAAGAGAUGUCAACAAGCCGGAGAGAGAAAAAGAUCCAAAUGCACCCAAGAAGCCAGCCAAUGCCUUCCUGAUGUACUGCCAACAGGAGAGACAGAAGGUACAGGAUGGCGAGGGCAAUGGCAUCUACUCUGCUGAUCUUAGCCACCAGGACCUCACCAGACAGUUGGCUAAACAAUGGAAGUUCCUGAGUGAAGAGGAAAAGAAGCAUUACUAUCUGAUGUAUGAGAAGGAGAAAGAUCGAUAUGACAAAGCAGUCAAGAAGUAUGCUAAGGGAGCUGGAAAUGAUAAGAAGAAAGCAUCAAGGGAUAACGGACACGAUGGUGAUUCAGAGAUGAUUGAUGUUGUAAAGAUGGGCCAGGAGAAAGACUGGAAGCCGAAAGAUUUCCGAGAGGAAAAGAUAAAGACAUCCCACACCAGUGAAGAUCAAACAAUCGAUGUCGAGAAGGAUGAGUUUGAGUUCAAUGAUCCUCAAGGCAUGGCUGAGGAGCCUAAGAUUUGCUUGGAGAAAAUUGACAAGAGUAAGCUCUUUGACAAAGCUAGGUUGUUUGGAUUUCCCAGCUUGGACUCUCACGAACAAGUACCCAAUGUAAGCAAAGCAGAAACUGAUGGUAAGCAACAGCUCAGGGAUUUCUUCAUGAAAACAGAUGUCAGACCAUUUUCAAGGUCACCUCAACCAAGCUACAAAGGACCUGCCAUUCUGGAAAUCGCAACGGGUCGCAAAUCUGCCUCACCAACCAUCUUGAGUCAUGCAGCACCUAAGAUGUUACCAGAAGCUCCUAUGAGACCUUCGAUGGACCUAAGCAUCAAGGAGCUUGUUGGUGCAAGACCUGGUUCAUUUGAGCUCAGAAACCCAGCCAUGAUGGAACUCAAGAGCAAAGGCGAGGAGAGGACUGUUCUUGCGUCGGCUCUCCAGAAUAAACCAAUGUUCGAUAUUAAGAUGCGAUCCAGUACAGACUACACCAAGUCCAAACCAAUCUUAGAUGUCACUGGACCAUCAAGUGAUACUUCCAGCUCAUGGGGUAUACUAUCUUCUGACUUGAAGAGCAAGGUACCCUUGGAAAUGAAAAGCAGAUUUACAUGUAGUGCUGAACAGGAAAAACCUAAAACGUUAGUCGACUCUAGCCCUAGGACAUUUACGGAAUCAAAGACCACCGUUGCAAGUGAAUUGAGGAGCAAGCCUCCUAUAUUGGAGACUACCAAGUCCUCUUCUCCUUUGGAAAGCAGGGUUAGGGGAUCACCUGAAACCAUGAGAAGGUUGUCUCUAGAUAACAAGAGAGCAGUUGUAGAACUUAAGAAAAUCCCUGUAGAUCCCUCUGAUGAUCCCUACCAUUUUGAUGAUUAGUCCAUAUCCUGCUACCAAUCUUUGAAGGGUUUUUAUUUGUAAUGAACUAGGAGAUGUUUUGGUCUAAUCUAGAAACCGGUGGUCUUGACUUUGGGUCUUUACUAGAGUUGAAUACUUGAGUUCCUAUGAAUCAGUUGAUUAAUUCGAGAAUUAGGCAGAGGCAACUAGAGAAUUUUAUAAUUCACUUACAUGUAUUCAGAUAUUCAAGGAUCAACUAUACAUGUAGUUUUUUGUCUAUUAAAGAAACAACUUUUGGACUUGAGUGAUAUUUUGUCAAACAUGUCCUGGGAGGUAUCCAGUAACAGUUGAAUGAAAAUUUAAAGGGUCUGAAGGUCAAUGUACAUGUUGAAUUCAUUUUUGUUUAUUGAAUCACCCCCAGUGGUCUCCUGAAGACACACAAAUGCAGUAUUAAGUUGCAAAUGGGAACAGACAAUCAGGAUUGUUGUUAGAUAAACACUUUGUUUACAAGGCUGACAGUUAUCCAGUCAUAAUUGUUAUGUGAAAUAUGCAAUUGAUUGGAAAAUAUAUUCAUGCAGCUCUGGUCCUAUGAACCCGUCCGGUAUGAAAAAUGAAUUACCUUGUUUUAAUAGUUUUAAACUUCAUUACGUAAGCAAGGGUAAAAGCCAAUUUUCAGUAUUAACAUUACAAUUGAAACCUUUUUUUACAAGAGUAAAGUUGUUAACUGUGGAAUAAAUGCCUUAUUUGUGGUAAUAGGUUGUAUUUUUUUUAAUAAAUGCAAAUUAUUGGUUCCUUUAGCAAAUUUACAAUUAACCUCUUUUGGAGAAAAUUACAACUCGCCUUGUUUGAGACAAUACAACCUUUAAUCCUACACUAGUUCACAUCAUAUUAAUAGUCAUUUGCAAUAUAAUCCUCUUAAUUUUGUAUUACAAUGUAAUUAUGUUUUGUAGUCAUGUUUAAAAUAGUUUGUAUCAGGGGCAUAUCCAAGAUUCAUUAAAGGGAUACUCCGGGCUGAAGAUAUUUAUAUUUAAAUAAAAAGAGUAAAAUUCACAGAGCAAAAUGCUGAAAAUUUCAUCAAAAUCGAUAACAACUAACAAAGUUAUUGAAUUUUAAAGAUCUGCAUUAUUAUGGUGAAACAGUUCUAGGCAUGUCUUCAUGAAUAUUCAUCAGGUGGGCUGAUGCUGUCACAUCCCCACUUUCCUUUUUCUUUAUUACAUGAAAUCAUAAUUGUUUCAUUUUUUCAUAAAUGUGUAAAUGAUGUGUCUCCAUUAUGAUGAAAUAAGUUGCAGCAGGAAAUAACUAAUGCACUUACUCAGUUGUCAAUCCAAUUUUUCUAGUUUUUGAUAGAUAUUUUUUUAAUUAAUUUAAUUUCAUAUAAUAAAAUACAAAAGAACAAGUGGGGAUAUGACAUCAGCCCACCUAAUGAAUAUUCAUAAAGACAUGCCUAGAACUGUUACACCGGAAUAAUGCAAAUCUUUAAAAUUCAAGAACUUUGUUAUUUGUUAUCCGAUGUUGAUCAAAAUUUCGGCAUUUUGCUCCGUGAAUUUUACUCUAUUUAUUGAGAUAUAAAUAUCUUCAGCCCAGAGCAUCCCUUUAAGGAGAAAGGGCAAUAAUUUUGCUUUGAGUCAGAAGUAAAGGUUCUUGCUUCAAAUAUGAUUUUGUUCUCUUCCUCCAGAGUCAACUUCUAACCAGCUAAGUGACUUUUACGUGUGACUGGUGACCCUUUCUUAUGAUUUAAAGGGGAAUCCAGCCUUGGCUAUAAAAUGUUAUGUUGGGAAGGAGAAAAAUAAAUUACCGGGUAAACAGAAUGGUGAAAGUUUGAAAGAAAUCGGACGAGCAAUAAGAAAGUUAUAGCUGCUUUAAAAUUGAGAUCACUAAUAGAAUGUAGAUUUCAAAUUGGCAACUGGGUAAGUAAAUUAUGACAAGGGUCAAGGACAACUUUCCCAUAGGCCAUGUACUUUAUUAUCAGAGAUUUCUGGUUUUCUCUUAAGUACCCAUUCCCCUGGGGCAGUAAUCUAAAUAUAAUCAAGGUAGUAUAUUGUUUAAUGUCUUCAUGAAAGAAAAAUAUAAUUUGAAUUAAAACUUUUGGGAAAAAUGACAUUUUAGCCAUAAUAUGUAUUGGAGUACAUGGAAGAGUAGUCCUUGCCUUACAUCACUAUGACAUCCCAUAUGCGGCCAAUUUGAAGUCUCCAUGAGUAUAGUGAUUACCAAUAUUUACAACUUUUUAAAAUGCAUAACUAUCUCGUUGUUUGUCUAAUAUUGUUCAAACUUUCACCUAUCAACUUGUCUGAAUUUUCUUUUUCUUAUAAAAACAAGUUUUCAUUUGGGUUGCAUUCCCCUUUAAAUUAAGUUCACAUCAGUGUAGAUCUGGUGUAUGCCAUUUACCUCAAGAAUGAAUUACUAGUCUUUCGUAAAGUCACUUGUAACUCACAAACAACUUUAUGAUACACACACCUGAUCAUUGCAUUAUGGUACAGGUAAAAAGGAAGGAAAUGUACAAAACAGUCGCACAGACUCUAAAAAAAUGUUGAUAAUGGAAAGAUAUUGCAUGUGUGGAGUCGCCCAUCAUUGGUUCAACAUAAUUUUAUCCACUCUUACUCACAUGUACAAAGGGAUAUUGCUGGUUGAUUUUCAUUGAGAAUUAAUUACAUUGUAAACAUCUAAUAAUUUGGGCCCACUUUUAAUUCCAAAAAAAAUCCUAUCUUGACAAAGUUGCAGAGGGAUAUGUGAUCACAAAACCAAUCGGGGUGAUUUUUAUACAUUUGCCCUUAUUAUUUUUAAGUUUUAGGUUUUUGUUUGUUUGUUCUUGUAGACUGAUUAUUUGUGUAAUUUUUUUUCCACCAAAAAUACUUGAAUAGUAACCAAGAGCAAUAAGAAUACCCCAUAUAUAUUUCCCAUUAUUGUGAUUUGAUUUUUUUCCUUUUAGGAUGGAAGGGUAUUUAUACUACUUAUGAUGGUACAUGAAGAACAUGUAGAAAUGUUUGAUGAAUUACAUUGGUGAAAUAUAAUUAAGACCAAUAAUGUAUGUUUUCAUGAAUAAUUGACUACAUUGUACAUAAAUACUAAGUAAUAUUAAUAAAUACCUUUUUUAUUCAUAAUGUACUUAAGAAAGUGGUUAUUGUGAUGGUAUUCCUUUUUUUUCCCAAGAUUGGUAAGUGUGACUAAACUCUGUGCUUCCAGCACCAAUGCACAG